AUGCUUGGCCGUGCUUGUCCAAAACUUCACGCUGCUGGACCAUUGGUUUCCUCGGUUAGAGGAAAAGCAAAGGGCGUAGUUAUUCAAAGCUAUGCUGCCGACGUUCUUCCAUACAAAGGAAAACCGGCCGUGCCAAAAUCAAUUCGCGUUCAACUUGACGCCGGAAAGACAUACUCAUGGUGUUCGUGCGGAUUGAGUGUUAAGCAACCAUUCUGUGAUGGUUCCCACAAAAUUCCUGGAUUAACUGACGUCAGACCUGUAAGCUUCCAGGUCGAGAAGUCUGGACAAUACUCAUUGUGUGGCUGCAAACAAACGGAUUCGAGACCAUUGUGUGAUGGAAAUCACAAAAAUGUGUCUCGUGCCCCACGUGAUCUCGAAGCCUCUCGAAUGGUCGCUUUCGACGAAAACAGUGCCGUUUACGAGGGAGUCGCCCACAUACUCGGAUACAAGCCGAAAAACGGCGGAUUCCAAUAA